UGCAGCGCAGUAAGUUUGAGCUGCACUCCUGCAGCGCGCGAGCUGCGACUCAGAGCUGAGGAAGAUGAGGAGGAUGAUGGUGGUGGUGAUAUAUGUGGGCUGUGAGUAACGCAAACAGAGCGGAUUCAGAUCUUACUACAUAGUGAGCACCUGCUGGUGGCAGUUCUGAGAGCUUGAGCUCUGGGUGUGACGGUUGUCUUUUGUCCUCCACCUGCUUCCUCUCAGAUGAAUUAACUGGAAUAUCCUCUCUAUUGAACUGGAUCGUGCUGGAAUUACGUUUAAUUGAAAAGUUAGGCGUGCUUAUGCUCCGUAGUUCACUGGUGCGUCUGUGUCUCAGCGGCACUCUUAGCGCAGCGGUAACUCAUGUGUUUUUGUGAUUAUCGGUGCUCAUCUAAUGUUUGUCACCCAGUGAGUGAGCGCGCUCCAGAUGCACUCGCUGUUUGAUCGGAAUUGGAAAGGGCUGGGAAUCGAUCUGUCUCCGGUCUCGCUGCCCCACGUUGCCGUGAGGAUGUUCAGCUGUGUCGGGUGUUUUUGGGUGCUCCUGUCCUCCGCCCUGGUCGCGAUUUGCAGUUUCAGUUUCAUCUCGCCCGCAUGGAUAGUGAAGGACCAUCUGAAAAACAAGGACUCCGUGAGUUUUGGGCUCCUGUGGCACUGCUCCGAGUCUCUGGAUCAUAUGUACAGAUGUUACACCUUUGGCGGGCUGGGCAAAUUUCAAGAGAUUCCUUCAAGCUCUUGGCAGACGAGUGCGGUGCUGUGUUCAGGUGGAUGUGCUCUGCUGGCAGUCAGCUCCCUGCUGGCCAUCAUUACCAUCUUCCUGCCCAGUGGAGCCUGUGAGAGGAGGAUCUGCACAUUGGCAGGAUACAUGCAGAUGGCUGCAGUGGUCAUUAUGGCAUCUGGUUUACUGGUUUACCCCUUCGGUCUCAACUCCAGCCUGGUCAAGUCUUUCUGCGGAGACUCGGACAUCUACUACGCCGGGGAGUGUCAGAUAGGAUGGGGCUACAUGCUGGCUAUCGUCGGAGUCAUGCUCACCCUCUUCUUGCCCUUUUUCGCCAAGUACGCCCCCAAGGAGCAGCUUUCACCCACCCCACUCCCCACUCUUUUAUAGAGCACUAAAGACCACCACCUACCAUUUUCAACCAUCAUAAAUAAUUAUUAAAUGAUCAAAGAUUUGAGGUUGGAGUCUCAGCAUCAUUUGCCGUGUUUGGUAAUAAUGAUUGUUGCUCUGGAGCAGAACUCGAGACCCUUCAUCCCUUCUAUUCUCAUUGUUUUUGUUUUUUAGUGUUUUCCUUAAUUCGAUAAGGUCUUUUUUUGUCACGGUCAACCUGCCAGGUGAGAAAUUAGUUUAUAUGGAUUAUGCUCUUUCUUUCCCUUCUUUCUAAUUUAUGUUCAAGCUCUGUUCUUGAUUGAAGACCUCUAUGGACUAACUACUGAAAAUAUCAAUUAGUAUUUUUGACAUUUUUGUUUCAAAACCAAAAAUAGCUAAUUAAAUGAAAAUUGAGUAACAAUUUCCAAUACUAUUUUACUAAGACUUGUCAGCAUGCAAUGAAAGGAUAACAAAAACAAAUGGUAGGCCCUUCUUAAAUGGAUUUCUUCUAAUGGAUCCAACAGGUUUAAAGGAACAGUUUCAUCGAGUUCAUUGAGAGAAACUGAACUCAAACUCAAUAAAUCUUUCCAGCACCUGAUAUAGUACCUAUUCAAGGACCAACACUGUGGCUUAAGUAAACUGAUUUGAAUUCACAGGCAUCUGUUUGAAUUUUCUUCAUUUUGUUUCUCAUAACUCCGUGAGGGCCAUCAAGGAACUGUAUUGACAGUAUGAGCCAGGCCGUUGCUUCAGACUGCCAUGGAUGGACCACAAGCAUGGACUUUUCUCAGCUGUAUGUGAAAGUGAAAUGAUCCCACAAGUAAAACCAUUUGUUUUCCCAAACUGAUUGAACAGGAUAUGUUGUGGAGUCUCCUUUUACAUUCUUUACUGUAACACCUACUAGUACUGAAUUAUUCAGGAUUACACAAAUCAGGAGCAAGGCUGUUCUUAGUUAAAGUUGGGCUUAGUUAACACUGAGACACUACGUUCUGGAAAAUACCAACUUCUAACCAACUUGUGCCUUUUGACCAUUGCUAAGACUUAAGUACCUUUCAUCAGGUAAUCUACUUCUAAAUCAUUUUGUAAAUGCUUUCUUGUUGGAUUAACAUUGUGCGAUUAUUUCUGUACAUCUCCAUCUUUAAUGAUGAUUAGAUUUAGCUGAACGUUUUUAAUGAUGGCCUGUUUUGUUUUGAAGGAGUUGCAAAAAAGAACAAAACGAUGAAAGCUAAAUUAGCAAGUCAUUGAACAAGACAGGACGACCAAUUCAGUCCUGAUUUGUCAUGACAGAUUUAUGUAUUUCUUUGGGAAAUCUGCUGUAACGAUCAAAUUAAGCUAAUGUGCUAAUACAUUUACACUUGGCACAGCAAUACGGUGAAGCUAAAGCUUCUACUUGGAUCAUUCCAUAUUGCACUUGGCUCACUCUUGCUGUUGUGUUGAUCCAUUUGUGUGUUAUGUGUUCAGACUGGCUAAAACAUUGGCGCUCAACUGCCCUCUUUCGUAGAUUUAACACCAAAUUCUAUUCUGAUACAGAUGUGCUGACAGCAAAACAAACCCAUUCCCUGCAAGAUGUGUGUACUUGUAACUGUUAAGGGUAGCUGAGGCUCAGAGGACAGAGCACAACUUUAAACUGGCAUGAGAUGUCAAAUAUAACAGGCCCUUUAAAUGUGUUUAUGCAGGAGUACACUGGCGGCCUCCGAUUGCCUUGACGGUGAUGGCAACUUGCAUUCUUGAGUUCUUGUAUGUAAAGUCUGACCACUGGUAGAUCUUAGAUCUUGUAGAUUAGUGCUGUGGGUUUCCCACUGUGUUUUGGUUGUAAAUAAUUCUGUAACAUGGCAUCCUGAUGUUUCCCUUUUGAAAGAUAUAUUUUGCGAUGUUACCUCAUCAUUGUGUUUGUUUAACCUUUGAAAUCUUUAACAAAUUGCUGUUAUGUGUUUCUUCUUUGUA